AUGGCAAAUUACGAAGGAGUGUAUCGACUCGUUCACGAGCAAUUGCAAGCUCUUGAUAAGGAUUUGUUUUAUCAUAACAUCGGGCACACGUUUGAAGAUGUGCUUCCUGCUUCUAUUCUGUUGGCUAAAGAGGAAGGCCUGAAUGAGGAAGAUUUGUUGAUUGUAAAAACAGCAGCUCUAUUCCAUGACACCGGUUAUCUAGAUCAAUAUUCAAAGAAUGAACCAAAAGGUUGCGAACGAGCUCGUCAAUACUUGCCUCAAUUUGGUUAUUCAGAGGAACAGAUUGAAAAAGUUUGUAAAUGCAUUAUGGCCACCAUGGUUCCUCAAAAUCCUGGUGAUUGUCGUUUGUGUCAAAUUGUGUGCGAUGCAGAUUUGGGUCAUUUGGGUACGGAUCUUUAUUUCUUAAAAUCGGAAUGUCUUCGACUCGAAUUGGAAAGAGUUUACAAAAAGCCAAUUGCGCCUCGCGAUUGGCACAUUUCUAAUUUGGAUUUUCUUCAAAAGCAUCAGUACUUUACAAAUGCUGCAAAGAAAUUGAUGCAACCUGUCAAGGAACAAAAUUACAAGCUCAACGAAUGUUUGGUGUAUGGUGAAAAUAAAUGA